CCGAGCCGGCGCAGACUGGUUUCCGCUCGUCUCGUGCGUCGAACCCUCCGAGCCGCCGCCGGACUGCACCCCGGAAGUGAGCGUUUUAACGGCGAAACGCUUCUCGCUCGACGCGUGAACGCGUUAAACUUUUAAUUUACACGCGUGGUGAACGCGCGAGGGGUGUUCUUCAAUUCGGGACGGUUGAAAACAAAAAAACACACGGCGAGCAGUUUCUGUUUUGUUGCUUCCCCUGGCCUGGCUGCCUACCCACAAUGCACUGCUGCAGGGCUUCGCUUGUCUCAGACGGACCGAUGUAACUGUCGUCGCUUUCACUUCACGGUCCACAACACGGAAACGCAGCCGUAAGGUCUGGUCCUGGUUGAUCUUGUUCAUUGUCUCACUGACGUCAUGUCUGGCUCAAGGGAUUUACCAGCCAUAGAGGAUUCUGGGAUGGGCGGGAUGAGGCUCCCCAUCGGGAUGACCCGUCGAGCCCUCAGCUACGACGACAACCUGGAGGCGCCCAUGUCCACGCCGCCCCACGACAUCAGCAUCAACAACCUGUGGCGGCGACCCGUCAUACCGGAGAGGAGGUUCUCUCACCUGGCUGAGGAGGAUGAGAGCGGUGCGGCGAGUCAUUCCACGGUGGCGGACAGCGCCCCCUCCAGGUCACCGGCUGUGGUGAAAACCAAGGCCUCCUCCGUCAUGAGUUCUCUCAUCACCAAGCAGACUCAGAACAGCGUCUACGGGUUCGAGCAGAGGGCGGGGCUUACCGACACCAGCUACACUCCCCACAAAGGCCUCACGGCGGAGGAGACGAGGCUGCACCACCGCAUGCCCGAGUCCAUGCAGAAACUGCAGAUUCAGAGUUUAGAGGCCAGAGAAGAACGCCAGAGCUCCUCGGCUCAGUCCACUCCAUCCAACACUCCUCACAGCUCCCCAAAGCAGCUCCGCAGGGGCUGGUUCAGCAGCACGGGUUCAGAGGUCAGCGUCGGCUCCAGCAACAGCAGCGUGGAUCUCGGUGGAGCCGACUCGGCGGUGGAGCGGUGGAGCGUGUUUGGACCGCGGCCCGUCGUCCAGAAGUCGACAUCUGACCUGGGGUCAGACGCUACGGCUUUAGCAGGCUUUGCACUGCAGGCGUACCGCGGCGCCCAGAAGCCGACCCCCAUGGAGGUGAUGAAGUCACAGGCCGCGCGGCUGUCCGACAACGCCGCCGCCCAGAAGGUGAACCCUCCCAAAAUAGAGAUCCCCACGAUGGACGGCCGGCGGCAGCCAGCGCGACCGCACAAGCUGAAGCCCAGAGACAUGAACGUCCUCACGCCCUCCGGCUUCUGAGGCGACCGCGAAGACGACCGCGAAGACGACCGCGAAGACGACCACGGAAGUUGCUCGUCUCUCGGGGCGCCGAAAGGUCCCGUGAAAUGUUGUAAUCGUGUGUUUCGGGGGGUGGGCGGCGUUCGCCGACUCCUGUUUUUAUUACAACUUGGGUCUCGUUUUUCGUAGUUUCGUACGUCAUAAUAACGCUGUACUCAACGAGGUAAUCGCUCGCCGUGUUUCCAUCGUUUUUUUUUUUUUGAAAUAUCGCAUUAGAAAAGCUGCCUGGUAACAGCGGCGUGGGAGGAAAAAAAGGCGUUUUUAACACUCGCCUGAGGUGGCGUUUGCAUUCGUCAUGAAGAUCCUCUGAAUGGAGAAUUUUCUUUUGACGAAUAAAUUAACGUUUUGACUGACGAUUUAAACAAAUUCCUGGAGACGUUCUCCGGUUCGUAUCGUUUCCCCUCGCGGACAUCUACUUCUUCUACUUCUUCUUCUUCCAAACCAGUCGAUGGAAAUGCGCUACAUUUAUUUAGUUUUCUCGACUCGAGUGGAAACGCGGCGUCGUUACCAAAAAGGGAAAUCCGACGGAGCAAGUUGUAAAUAUACUCAUUUAGCAGGAAGUCCUCGUCGUGCAUGUUUUUGCAGUAGUUGGAACAUCCGACAUUUUUAACAACUUCCCGUCUUUGAGGCGUUUACUGUGUAGCUCGGCUGUAAGAAUCAUACUUUCCCUUGACCCUCAGUCUUUUUACUGCUGCAGCGUGCUGGCCGCACAGGGCCUGUGGUAUACUGAUAUUUUAGUGACGAUGACGGUGAUCCAUGUUUAAAAUGAUCCUCUGUUUAAAAAAAAAAAA